AUGAUAAGUCUUAUGAUGAAUUACCUAAUUGUCUUCAUUCUGGCCCUGUCUGUUGUGGCAGUGACCCAUGCUGGAUACAGUGUUUGCCCUCAAAACACCUAUUGGAGCUCCUCAGAAAAUAAGUGUGUCAACUGCUCUUAUUGUCCAGUCAAUGAAAUCAUUAGAAAACCUUGUAGCGCAUUUGAGGAUAUUCGUUGUGGACCAUUCAUAGAAUUCAACAAUUUCUUACAAGGUGAGAAACGCCGCCAAAACCACAGUGAUGGUGGUCAUCAUCCGAGACAUGGUUUGGGCAAGCCUUUCCAUCACAACAGUGAUGAAUAUAACACCAAGAUAAGCAAACGACCGGACCUGGCAAUAAGUCAAGAUGUUAAUCCAUGGAGAACAAUAGCACUUUCACUUAUUGGUAUAAUUUGUACAAGUGUUGUCUUGUUGCUGGCUGUUGUGAUCUUUAUUCAUUAUUUUAAAAAACAAAACCCUGGAUAUGACAAGGAAGUCAUUUAUGACACAAAUGAACCUGGUCUUACAGAGGUCUGCUAUAGCACAUUAGCACUGGAUUACAUGCAAAAGACUCGUCCUCCACAUGCUUUGUGGAUGUAUACACCAGCCUAUCACAAGUCACAGGACUACCUACUACGAUGCAACCAGUACCUUGAAAAUGAACAGAGCACACCUUUUGCACAGCCCACAGAUGAUGCAGAGGACUGUGUUGAUCCUGAAAGUCAUGCAGCAGAUUCAGAAUGCACAACCAGUGACAGCCAAAAUCGUCCAGAAUGCUCAGCAAGGAACAUUACUCAGAACACAUGUAGUUGCAAUAACCCAUCCUCAGACUAUGUAUUCUUUAACCCCACACAGAAUGAAUAUUUGGAAAAAUAA